AUGGCAGCUCGUCCACACCAGGAGCCUAUGGCAGCUCAUCGACAAAAGGAGACUAUGGCAGCUGGCCCAGGCCAGGAGACUAUAGCAGCUCGUCCAUACCAGGAGACUAUGGCAGCUCAUCCACACCAGGAGACUAUGGCAGCUCGCCCAGGCCAGGAGACUAUGGCAGCUCGUCCACCCCAGGAGACGAUGGCAGCUCGCCCAGGCCAGGAGACGAUGGCAGCUCGUCCACCCCAGGAGACGAUGGCAGCUCGCCCAGGCCAGGAGAUGAUGGCAGCUCGAGACUAUGGCAGCUCGCCCAGGCCAGGAAACUCUAGCAGCUCGUCCACACCAGGAGACAAUAGCAGUUCGUCCACGCCAGGAGACUAUGACAGCUCGUCCAAACCAGGAGACUAUGGCAGCUCAUCCACACCAGGAGACUAUGGCAGCUCACCCAGGCCAGGAGACUAUGGCAGCUCACCCAGGCCAGGAGACUAUGGCAGCUCUUCCACACUAGGAGACUAUGGCAGCUCGUCCACACCAGGAGACUAUGACAGCUCACCCACACCAGGAGAAUAUGGUAGCUUAUCCACACCAGGAGACUAUAGCAGCUGGCCCAGGCCAGGAGACUAUAACAGCUCGUCCACACCAGGAGACUAUAGCAGUUCGUCCACAUCAGGAGACCAUGACAGCUCGUCCACACCAGGAGACUAUGACAGCUCGUCCACACCAGGAGACUAUGACUAUGGCAGCUCGUCCACGCCAGGAGACUAUGGCAGCUCAUCCACACCAGGAGACAAUGGCAGCUCCUCCACGCCAGGAGACUAUGGCAGCUCAUCCACUCUAGAAGACUAUAGCAGUUUGUCCACUCUAGAAGACUUUGACAGCUCAUCCACACCAGGAGACUAUGGAGACUAUGGCAGCUCGCCCAGGCCAGGAGACUAUGAAAGCUCGUCCACGCCAGGAGACUAUGGCAGCUCGCCCAGGCCAGGAGACUAUGGCAGCUCGUCCACUCUGGAAGACUAUGGCAGCUUGUCCACGCCAGGAGAAUAUGGCAGCUCAUCCACUCUAGAAGACUAUGUCAGGUCAUCCACUCUAGAAGACUAUGGCAGCUCGUCCACUCUAGAAGACUAUGGCAGCUCGUCCACUCUAGAAGACUAUGGCAGCUCGUCCACUCUAGAAGACAAAAGCAAUUCAUCUACGCCCGGAGACUAUGGCAGCUCAUCCACACCAGGAGACUAUAGCAGCUCGUCCACUCUAGAAGACUAUGAAGACUAUGGCAGCUCGCCCAGGCCAGGAGACUAUGGCAGCUCGUCCAAACCAGGAGCCUAUGGCAGCUCACCCACACCAGGAGACUAUGGCAGCUCACCCAGGCCAGGAGACUAUGGCAGCUCGUCCACGCCAGGAGACUAUGGCAGCUCGCCCAGCUCGCCCAGGCCAGGAGACUAUGGCAGCUUGUCCACGCCAGGAGAAUAUGGCAGCUCAUCCACUCUAGAAGACUAUGGCAGCUCAUCCACUCUAGAAGACUAUGGCAGCUCGUCCACUCUAGAAGACCAUGGCAGCUCGUCCACUCUAGAAGACUAUAGCAACUCAUCCACGCCAGGAGACUAUGGCAGCUGGUCCACGGCAGGAGAAUAUGGCGGCUCGCCCACUCUUGAAGACUAUAGCAACUCAUCCACGCCAGGAGACUAUGUCAGCUCGUCCACGCCAGGAGACUAUGGCAGCUCAUCCACACCAGGAGACUAUGGCAGCUCGCCCAGGCCAGGAGACUAUGGCAGCUCAUUCAAACCAGGAGACUAUGUCAGCUCGCCCAGGCCAGGAGACUAUAGCAGCUCGUCCAUGCCAGGAGACUAUGAAGACUAUGGCAGCUCGUCCACUCUAGAAGACUAUGGCAGCUCGUCCACUCUAGAAGACUAUAGCAACUCAUCCACGCCAGGAGACUAUGGCAGCUCGUCCACGCCAGGAGAAUAUCGCAGCUCGUCCACUCUAGAAGACUAUAGCAACUCAUCCAGGCCAGGAGACUAUGGCAGCUCGUCCACGCCAGGAGACUAUGACAGCUCAUCCACUCUAGAAGAUUAUAGCAGCUCGUCCACUCUAGAAGACUUUGACAGCUCAUCCACACCAGGAGACUAUGGCAGCUCUUCCACACCAAGAGACUAUGGCAGCUCGCAUGGGCCAGGAGACUAUGUCAGCUCAUUCACACCAGGAGACUAUGGCAGCUCGCCCAGGCCAGGAGAUUCUAGCAGCUCGUCCACACCAGGAGACAAUAGCAGAGACUAUGGCAGCUCGCCCAGGCCAGGAAACUCUAGCAGCUCGUCCACACCAGGAGACAAUAGCAGUUCGUCCACGCCAGGAGACUAUGACAGCUCGUCCAAACCAGGAGACUAUGGCAGCUCAUCCACACCAGGAGACUAUGGCAGCUCACCUAGGCCAGGAGACUAUGGCAGCUCACCCAGGCCAGGAGACUAUGGCAGCUCUUCCACACUAGGAGACUAUGGCAGCUCGUCCACACCAGGAGACUAUGACAGCUCACCCAAACCAGGAGAAUAUGGUAGCUCAUCCACACCAGGAGACUAUAGCAGCUGGCCCAGGCCAGGAGACUAUAACAGCUCGUCCACACCAGGAGACUAUAGCAGUUCGUCCACAUCAGGAGACUAUGACAGCUCGUCCACACCAGGAGACUAUGGAGACUAUGGCAGCUCGCCCAGGCCAGGAGACUAUGGCAGCUCGCCCAGGCCAGGAGACUAUGGCAGCUGGCCCAGGCCAGGAGACUACAGCAGCUCGUCCAUACCAGGAGACUAUGGCAGCCCAUCCACACCAGGAGACUAUGGCAGCUCGCCCAGACCAGGAGACUAUGGCAGCUCGUCCACCCCAGGAGACGAUGGCAGCUCGCCCAGGCCAGGAGACGAUGGCAGCUCGUCCAUUCUAGAAGACUAG